AGGAAGCUACCCCUAAUCAAUAUCAAUGGUCGACUGCUUCCAUGUGCUUCUGCUCUUUCCCAUUCGAAACUGCAAGAAAUUCCUUCUAGCGGUUUAUAUGGGUGGUAAGUAGAGUUUGGAGGCAAGGAGGAGGAGGCAGCUUGGACCAACUCUACCAUAAAGAAUCCAUCAUACAAUUUUCAAUUUCUCUGCAUUUUCCAAUCCAGAAGAUCGUGGAGAGCCAAAGUUCAGAAGAGAACCGAGGGAAUUAGAGAGGAGAUUGAAAGACCCAAAAAAAAAAAAAAAAAGGCUAGCAGUUAGAAUCGAAGUCAUUGGGUGUGAGAUUAGAGAAGAGAUCGGAAGGACAAGAAAACUACUUUCUCACCGGCAUUUCUAAAGGAUAAGAUUGGUUCCAGCCCCUGAAGUGCAGGAUUAGAAGUUUAAAAUGGGGACCGGAUUUUGAUUUGAUGCCACCUGUAUAAAUUACAUCCAUUUAGUAUAUGUAUCAACUAGACCAAAGAAAGAUGAACAGAGCUAACCAAUUCACAAAUUCCAUUUUAUAGUGUUUGGUAUCUGAUUAUUUGCCACAAAUUCACAUGGAGUCAUCAAGAAAAGGCAUGGCAUCAUGGAAAGUGGUUGGGGAUGGAGUAGGAGGAGGGAUUACUCUUGCAGGGACAUGCUUGGAUAAAGAAACAUUGACAUUAGCUGAAAAUGUAUAUGUGUUCUUCAAUUCUAUGAUGAAUUGGGGUUAUAUAUGUGCCAUUAGAACAUUGGUGAAUUCCACCAUUCAAUUGCAUAUCGAGAGACUAACAAAUAGGUGUGUGGAUAGUCCACUUAAUGGAUUCAAUGAAACCAAGUGAUAAAAAAGGAAGGCAAGGCAGGUGGUGUUGAUGGUAGUGAUGAUGCUUUUGGCAAGAGGCCCCUUAAACAAGUCCAACCUUUUUCAGGUAUCAUUCUCAUGGUGAUCCCAUUUUGGUAUCAAGUAAUUUUUUUGUUUUAGUCAAAGUAUUAACAUUCUAAAAUAAUUGUAGAUGCUCCUAUAUUUUUAUGGUCAAUUGGUUUUAACUUCAAUGAUAACAUAGGUUUUUCCAUUACUUGCAUAAAAAAUUCUCACUACUUACAAAUACAAUCUUACACAUGGAGAUCAAUCAUUUUUUUAACAUCAUAUUUGCAUUUCAACUCUCACUUACAGAACCAUUUUAAUCAUCUAAAACAAAAUCAUUUAAACAGUUUAUACAUGAUAAUGUGCAAUUGUUGAUGAUGCAUAUGUGCUUUCCUUUUACUAACAACACUUUCAAUUGAAAGCAACUUUGAAUUCUAAAAAAAAAGCCACUCCCGCAUGUUCAUGUACUCAUCUCCUUUUGGUGGAUCAAGAGCAUCAGGAUAAGUCUAGAGAAUGUGUGGCUGAAUCUCAUUAGGCUGGCCUUCAUCAAAUGAUCAAGGAAACAAAAGCAAGGCCUAUAAAUAAGAGUUUAUUUC